UAAUAAUAAUAAAAAAAUCCAUAGCCAGAUUUUUGGAGUCGAGUUGUCGUCUAGGGCUUGGCUGGGUCACAUGAAGCGAGGCUUAUCAUGAAUCAGACACAACACUUGUAUUCUUAACAUCAGUACUUCACUUCGCUUUACGCUGAUACAAGUGUACAGGUUUCCUUUUAUAACUGCUGUUUAUAUCCUCAUUGAGACAUAGGAAGUUAAUAAAAGGAUAUGUCUUCUGAUACUGCUAAAGAAAAUGCUUCUGUGGUUGAUUCAUCACUGACUGAAAAGCCUGAGAUUGGGAAUUUGGAUGAUCUAGAGAGCUCAAGCUACAAGGCUAACGAGGAUGGCUAUCCCUCUCAGGCAGAAGAUGCAGAAGCUGGGCAUUCUAUUGGCCGGUUGGAAAAGUCAACUGAAAACAAAAAGGGUAAAUUGUAUGAUACAAGGUAUUUUAUCAUUAAGAGUUUGAAUCAUCAUAAUAUCCAACUAUCAAUCGAGAAAGGGAUAUGGGCUACUCAGGUCAUGAAUGAACCAAUAUUGGAAGAAGCCUUUCAUAAUUCUGUUAAAGUCAUUCUAAUAUUUAGUGUCAACAUGAGUGGUUUCUUCCAAGGGUAUGCGCAAAUGAUGUCUUCAGUUGGGUGGAGGCGAGAUAGUGUCUGGAGUCGAGGAAGUGGUAAAAAUAAUCCUUGGGGGCACAGUUUUAAGGUCAAGUGGCUGCAAUUAAAUGACUUGCCUUUCCAAAAGACUCUUCAUCUCAAGAAUCCAUUGAAUGAUUACAAACCUGUAAAAAUUAGCAGAGACUGCCAGGAGUUACCCCAAGAUAUUGGAGAAGCUCUUUGUGACCUUAUUGAUGAAAAGGGUGAUCUGGAUGGAAUGCUGACAAGUUUUCCAAGGGAUGAUCUUCCUGCUAAGAGGCCUUGUGCUGAGCCUCCAUGUUCUUUUGGAGAUGAAGUGUAUCACAUGCCACCACUGCAAAUGUCAUUGACCAGGAAACCAAUGCCUUAUCCAUCCUUCCUCUACCAACAUCAAGCUGGAUCAAACAAAUUUCAUUUAGAUCACAGACAUGCUGAGGAUGCUGAUAAUUUACCUUUCCAUUCACCAUCAACAAAAUUUUCAAGAAUAAAACAUCCUUGCCUUAAGGGGAAUCUUUCUAGUUUGCAAGUGGACCAUGAUUUGUCUUCUCGAUAUGAUUUAUGGGGUCUAUCUGCAGAGAGCCCUCUUGCCAGUACCUUAACUGAGGAUGAUUUUCUUGAAAUGUCAUAUGAGGAAUACCUGGCAGUCCAUAGCAGAAGCAUCAAGGAGUUAUGCCAUCCUGUCAGUAUAUUUGUUAAUACAGUUCAAAAUCUGAGCUGCUCAACAUUUUUGACAGGUGGGUGGACCAUCUUGGACAGUGCCGGAGUUGUCAAAUAAAAAGCAAGAUGAUGAUUCAAACUCAAGUUUCGUAACAGAUAAGCCUUACUCGCGGAAGAGAACACAUCAUUCAUUACAGAAAUGAUUGGAUUUCCAGAGUGGCAGCUUCAAUAUUACGGUAGCGAUAUUAAAAUCUGCAAGGCAAAUUACUAGGUGAAUGUACUUGUUCAAUCCCAACUUUGGAACUGAUUGUGUUGUGAUAUUGUACACAAUAUGUACGCAUUGUUGGAUCUUACUAAGGGGUUGCCUAAAAAUUUGUAAAUAAAUUAAGUAGGCAACAAUGCCCCAAUUCUUUAAUAUUCUUAGCGCUGUUUCCUUUUUCUUUCGAAGAGAGGAUUGGGAAAGGAUGACUUUGUUAGGUACUGCUGUUGGUAUGGCGUUGACGUUAAAUGAUAAUAGAUGGUAGAACGUCAAUAUGUAAAUUAAUUGAUUUGUUUUCUAGAGGAAAUAUAAUUCUAAGUGGAAUUGAAUUGUGAUUACUUAUUUA